AUGACUCCUCUGUGGUUGGAGGCGCAUGCAUCCUACAUCGAUACUUCUCGCACAGCAACCGCCCAGCAGCUGACAUUCAAUGCAGGUUCUGUGACUAAUGCUGCUCUCUUAAAAGUUCCCAUGAUCCCUGCUGGUUUCUUGAAGCCCAAUACACCGCUGACUGUCGAGAUUAUCGCCGCACAUGACAUCAACAUUGGAAAGGUGCACGAUAGCGAUAUCCGAUAUGGAAUCUCAGAUGGUACCAACUUUAUUGGGUUUGAAACUUGUGACAAGGGGAACUAUGGCAGCAACGCUCCCUGUUAUAAAAUUGAAGGGUCCUCUGGCACGCAGUUAUCCUCCCGAAUGUAUGGACCCGUCACUCCCAAGCCCAGUGACUCUUUCUAUCCUGGUCAGUUUGUGUUCACACUCAAAUUGGAUGAACGCUGGGGCUCGUGUUACACUGCACAUGACGGAGGCUUUGUGAAGACCAUUGGGUACAAUAAGCGAUUGAUGCUAAACAAGGGGCUUAUUUUGGAAACUUACAAAAGUAACAAAGGAGAGAGGGUUGGAAUCAAGUUCAUCAAAGUCGCCAUCAUUCAAGAUGAAGCAUAGAUCUGUCACAUAAAAUCAGAUGCAUUACAUCUUAUUUUUAAAGAAAUCUAAUGGGGAAGGGAAAAAAAACUAAAUAGGUAAAGUUGCCCUGGUCAUAAGUAAACUCUUGUCAGAGGAAAAAAAAUUGACAGUGCACUGGUUUCAUUUAUUAUUAUUAUUAUUUUAUUAGUAGUGAAAGCCUAGGGCAGAAAAAAUCAUGAACUGUUGCAGCUUAAGUAACAGGACUGAUCAGUGAAUAAAGACGGGUUUGAAGAAAAGUGAGUGAGUUAUUUCUUUGGGAUCUUGUUUGCUCUAACCACUUUUUAAGUCACGCAGUUUUAUUUUUCUGGUUAUUGUAUUUUUUUGUUAUAGGAAAAUAGGCCCCCCAAAUACUAUCCACCCACAAGCGUCAUUUUAAUGUUCAUCAUUUCAAAUCAGUUAUAUUUUUAACAGGAUCUUUUCUUACUUCAUUCAAUUUAUCCAGCAAAGUAAACAGAAAAUCAGAGUGAAUUCCCUCAAUCAGGUUAUAAUGUGGAAUGAAGUAACUUGGCAAAGACUUUGUGGCAAGGCAAUAAAACAAGUCAUCUAGAAGUCCAAGAAGGUUGGCUGCAAAAUUGCUGGCUGUCCAUAAGCUCAAUGGGUACUUGUGGCAUGCUCGAAAAAACACCAUUUUCAAAUGAUAUGAAUGAAGAAUGUCAGGGCAUUUUAAAUGCCAAAACCUUAUUUGCUUGAAUACUCUGUAACAUGUUAUAGCAGCUGCACAUUGUGAUGCUAUUUCCUGCAUAAGAACAAGUUCUAUGACACUAAAAGAGAGUCUCCAUUCCACCUUUGGUUGUCCACUCGGUGAGCACUUUCCAACAAGAUGAAGAUGCUCAUGUUGCACUUUACCAAAAGCCUCUUGACUGAGCCAGUUUGGCUUUCCAUGUACUUUUACCCAUGACGGGUAUUCCUUUGGCAGACAAUCAGAAGGCAACUCUAAUGCCACAACCAAAUCGCAAUUGAUUGUAGUGUUUUGAAAGUCCAAAGACAUAGACAAAGUGACAGCUGGUGGAUUGAAUUUUAACCGGAAUCUCUCAUUUAGUAAUGGGAUUUGUGCAAAAAUAUGUUCAAUUUGCCGAUACAAGUCUUCUACCAUCAGUAAUGGAUUAAGGUACACUUCCCCUUUCCUCUUUGGAUCGCUUGGAACAAUACUAAAUUGAGCCCAUCGUCUUCUGUAUUCCUUAUCAUUUAAGAACAAAACGAAAUAUCCCUCGCUUGUAUCUUCUUGUUUCAUCAGUAUGGCUGGACUGUCUGCGGAUCGUCCUAUUUCAAUGUCUCGAAACACACACAGUAUAUCCAUCUCGAAUUCAAGAUGAGGCUUUCCAUCCCCACGUCGUUCAAAAUUAGGAAUAUUCACUCCUUCUGCCGUACUGCCAGUCCAGACAAACUCCACUUCCUUGUACAGAGGGUGUUUCCUUAAAGGCUUGUACAAACAGUUCUUGAUUGCACCGAACACAGAUGGAAAUAUCUGUUUCGAUAAAUCAUCCAUAAUUUGAAAACCACCUUCAUCUAAAUGCUCAUGUAGAGCUUUAUUCAGGCUUGCAAUUGAAUGCCCAGAUAAGCGGUCAAUUUCAUCUCCAACUUGCGCCAUAUUGAAACUGCUCUCGCUCGUGGCUACGUCAUGUACAGGACAUAUCUUGUAUCUUUAUAGUACUGCUGAAUAUUUACUUCCGUCUCCAUGGAUUCCAGUCCUCGCUCUUAUUUAUUCACUUCCGCUACAGUCAGAGCUGGUCACACUGCACCGAAGUAUAGCAUCAAACCUGUCAGAUAUGUGACUUCCCACUUUGGAGGUCGUUCCCAUGUGAAAUUAACAGAAGCCCUAGUCCUAUUGGACUUGGGAGAAGUGGGGCUUGUUCUUCUUCCCCUUUUUGCCCUCUGUUUAUAACUUUCAAAAAAAGCCUUUUUCCAGUAUGAUGACUGGAGCUCACAUCCCCUACUUUGACGCAUAAUAGAAGGAGCUCAUUUGGCUUUACUCUGGUGGGUUGAGUUUGACUUUGUUUUUGGUUCCACGGAUUCUCAUUUCGCCCUCCGCGAUUCCCCUGCUAAAAGUUUCCGUUCUAUCAAGAGCCAUAAUGGGUUCUUGGAUCUUUCUCAAAGUCACAGACACCACCAAUCAUUAAACGACUCGUUUAGAGUUUCCUUGUAGGUAAAUAAUUAAUUUUAACCGAUCUUUUGCUGCUUUCCUGGCCGGAUCUAGUAAAUGAUGAAUGUAGCCAGAGGAAACCCAGGCAAAGAUAGAGUACCAGUAGGCGUGGGAAGGGAGGAAAUAUAAAUCCCCUAAAAACGCUUGUGGGAGGCAAGUAACUCGGCGGAAGUCACAUUAAAGAGAUUAAGUAUCGUAUUUACGGCCCAGGGUUUACCGCAAACGGCAAACAUGAAAUUUUCAAAAUGAGAAACGAGCAGAUAAAAACAGCUCAAAACAAUUCUUAUGGAUAAAAUUGGCCUGAAUCUACCGAUUUUCUUGUAGUUGUAAUGAACAGUAAACGACAAGUCGUUGAAAAAGGAAACACGACAAACCUAAAUUGUACCACGUGACCAAGUUUUCCAUUUACUUUUCGUUUAGAAUACUGUUCAUUCAGUAACUACACGAAAAUCGGUGGAGGGUCGGUAGAUUCACUCCAACUCUAUCCACAACAAUUGUUUUUGUCUGCUCAUUUCUCAUGUUUAAAAAUUUCUCAACUCGAAUCUCACGUUUCCUGUUUGCCGUAAACGCGAUUCUGAUAAUCUCUAUAUUGAUAUUCUUCUUUUGACUCGCUCUCUGUGGCUUGAUUCAAUCAAUCAUGGCUGAAUAACGUAUUUUAAGUCCCCCCUAGCUAUAGGCCCAUCUACGUAAAAAAGAUACAUUCGAUUAUAAGCAACCCGGGAUAAAAGCUCCCCUCUAACCGUAUUGUAACAUUUGGAAACUUAAUUAAAAAUCAGGAACUGAAUAACAUAUUUUGAUCUGCACUUCUAGGUUCUUUCGAAGCGCUUUAUCUAUUACGGUUUUAAUCCCCCUCAAAUAUAAACUCCUCCGUUUAUACGCCCCUCUAUAAGCCCAAGGGCUUAUAAACGGCAGUUAACGGUAUUUUAAAAUAACCCGAGUUCACUCGAGUGAGAUGAUAACAUUGUCCCUAGGGCCCCUCUUCCUGUUUGUGAGAUCACAAAGAAAGUUGCAAGGAAAAAUUCUUGUUGUAAAUUUAAUUAAACGGAGGAAAAGUGAUUCACAGUAAUUGUAUGAAGUUGUGGAACGUGCCACUUUACCUGCCGGUUCAGAGCGCCAAAAAAUUUUCUCUAAAGAAUAUGAUGAAGGAUUUUGCCCUGAUUUCAAGCACUGGAAUUUUUUGCUUGGCGUUGAUUGGGUUUAUUUGUCCUGUAAGUUAAGUUCACCUUAAAUUACAGUGAAGAUUUUUAUUUAAUUACGAUACAAAACUAAAGGCAACGAACCAUCGUGCAGUUUCCUAUGAUUAUUUUCAGAAUUUGAGGUGAAAUUAAGAAUACUUAGAACUACAGUGCUAUAUAGUUAAGCAUUAACCGUUUUUCAUCAAGUCGACCUUAAUUAGUUGCGGAUUCAAAAACGCUGAUCACUUUUACGACAAAAAUUUUGUUCUCGAGGGAAACCUUAUUUGUCCCGUAGAAACGUACUUCAAUAUCUCCGAGUCCAUAACGCUUCCUUUCUUGUGCCGUAAUUUCAAUGUUAUUAAAAAACUUUCAUAACUAAUUCAUAAAUUAUCUUAGGAUUCACAUUCGCAAGGACACAGUGGAACAUUUUUUCAAAUAGAGGGGCUGACUUAUAUCGGAAGUGGGGAUGCUGAAUAGACUCUCAGUCUUGAUUUUGAGACUAUUCAUUUUAUUUGUUUGAAAAAAAGUGUGAGAGACCCGACGUCCUUAAGGGAUUGUUUCAGCAUAGCCUAUAAGUAAACUGAGAUUUGAAAAGAUUCGAAAAGCUUACCUCGAAACAUGAUUCAUUUGUAUUAAGUUUACUUUAAUGUCUCUCGUAUGAAGGUUUAUUUCUAGUUUAUUAAUUAGUUAAAUCAAAUGACCGCAUUUAAAUUUCAUGCUUGCUUGAAUAACGUCAACAUUAAUACUAAUCCCAUAGACUGAAAUAAACCCGUAGCACUGAGAAAUAUGCCUAUCAAACGAUAAAUGCAAUGAUUUUUGUUUUAACGCAUUUUAAAGGCCUACUGAAAUACUUCUAAUUAACCGAGUGAACACUACGUCUAUUUUUUUAUGAAGACCAAUAUUCAGUCAGUGUUUAACAAUGUGUGCGUUUCAAAUGCAUUUUUCUUGUUUUUUGACCUCAGGCUAUCCAUUCCUGUUGUCUGCAGUCAUCGUGCUCAGCAGACUCCUCUGGAGCAAAGGUAAACUGGGAACGAUCCGAGAGAUUCGCCUUGUGUCCAGGGCCCUUUAACUUUUUUUCCCAACCUCGUUCCCAGUCGUUUGAGUCGUUCCCAUCGAUCAUCCCCUUCUCUGACUUCUAGCCUGUUCCGUACUCCCAUUAAACCUUAGGAAAGCCUGUGUGGAUCUAGGAGGCAGCUUUUUUUCCAGUGUUAGACAAAGUGGUAGCCUUGUACACUCGCUAUAUAUAUCAGUGCCCUUUUCUAUUGGAACUAUCUUUCUUUUCAAUAGAAAUUAUCUUAAUUGUCCUCUGGUUACCAAGCACCGCUUUAUUGAUAUUUUAAACAGAGAAGAAGCAGCCUUUCCGAUGAAUUCGUCUCCAAAAUGAUUUUAAAUUCCUAAGAAAAUGCGUCGCGAAUAAUGUUUUCCCUGAAUCUUUUUAACCGUUUCACUGGAUCACUCGUGGUGGAAGUAGCUGUACUGAAAAUUUUAGAAUAUUCAAUAUUAGCCUAUCGCAUAACAUACAGAAAAAAUUACAACCCCAUAUGCAUACAGUUCAUUAAAACUGAAGGCCAGGGUUUUCAUUUGAUCGGUCACAUCCUAGCAUUUCAUCCAUACGGUCAACUUAACAGAUAGAUUCCAUGUUGCCGUGCGUCUGUUCAGUAAUAGAUCACAGAUGAAGUCAAAAUGUCGUAAAAACAAAGAAAUGGCACACGAGCCGCAGGCGAGUGUGUCACUGUUGUUUUUACCACAUUUUGACGUCCUCUGUGAUCUAUUACUGAACAGACCCUUAGCAACAUGGAAUCUACUUGUUUUAUACAAUGAUCAGAAAAGAAAAAGACCGAUACACAUACCUGCCUCGAACCGCUUGACCUUUUGAGGAUUUGUGCUAGUUUAGGCAUUUUUUAUGUCCCAAACCCAACUUUUCAUCUUAGCUUCUUCUUUAUCUUAGUUGUGUACAGUUUCUGCGUCUUUUCUUGCUCAAAGAAGAAUAAUAGCGAAAACAUUUUGCAAAACAGCGAGUCUCUCGUAGCGAAGACACACGAUGGCAACUGUUGUGAAGAUUUCUUGUAGUUUAGGCAUUGUCAAGUAGUCAAUAGCUUUUUUGGUCUCCGUUUCUCCAUUUUUCUUCUUUGUAAAUAGCUCCUGCUAAACUUUUUCCGAAGCUUUCACUUGCCUCAAUCCGAAAUAAUCUCACAAACAUUUUCUAAACCGCGUGCCAUGUUGAACAAAACAAAGAAAACAAGUUUCCCGUGACGUCAUCCAUGUAUCUGUACUCUAAUAGAUCAUGGGCAACGACCAAUCACAGCGCGCGUAGCAUUCACAUCAUUGUAUAAACACAGCUAGAAGCCGGACAUCGCAUCUAUCGUUACUUAAAAGUUGACCGUUGGAUCAGUUUCGAGUUUCAAUUAAUUUACGUUUGUGUGUGUGUGUUUGUUUGUAUUUUACAGGCAAGAGUGAUCUACCAUCAGACCAUGACUCCAACAUGGCUGGAGGCGCAUGCGUCCUACAUCGAUACUUCUCGCACAGUAACCGCUCAACAGCUGACAUUCAAUGUAGGCUCUGUGACUCACGCUGCUCUCUUAAAAGUUCCCAUGAUCCCUGCUGGUUUCUUGAAGCCUAAUACACCGCUGACUGUCGAGAUUAUCGUGGCUCAUGACGUCAACAUCGGAAAGGUGUACGAUAGCGACAUCUAUUAUGGAAUCUCAGACGGUACCAACUUUAUCGGGUUUGUUACUGUCGACAAGGGGAAUUAUGGUGUAGUCGCUCCCUGUAGCACAAUUGAAGGAAUCUCUAGCACAACGUUAUUCUCCCUAAAGUAUGGACCCAGAACUCCCAAAGCGAGCCGCGGCUCUUUCUAUCCUGGUCAGUUUGGAUGA